AUGCCUCUCAUCCUCGAUUCCUCCUCAGAAUCCUCCAAUCAAUCCGAAGCAGAUGGUCGCGAAGAGCUUAGGAGGGUACACCACGAGGCCGACGUGGUCAUAGUCGGCGCAGGCGUUCUAGGUUCGGCCCUGGCGGUGGCGUUGGCAGAUCAAGAGCGCAGUGUCAUACUACUAGAAAAGUCUCUCAAAGAGCCUGACCGGAUUGUGGGGGAACUAUUACAACCAGGAGGGUAUGAGGCAUUGAUCAAAUUGGGCUUGCGCCAAACCCUCGAAGGAAUCGACGCGAUCCCCGUCACCGGCUACACGGUUUUAUAUUAUGAUGAGUCGGUGGCCAUUCCUUAUCCCGCCAAUGCGACGCAGGAAGCAGGGUCGGGUGCAGAGAAAUCAGCAAAGCCCUCGACACCAGAGGGACGGUCUUUCCACCAUGGGCGGUUUGUCUCGCGGCUACGAGCUGCGGCAUUGGCGCAUCCUAACAUCUCCGUGUUCGAGACGGAGGCCACUUCCUUGAUCAAAUCCACACAUACCGACCAGAUCUUGGGCGUGGAGUCUCUGACCGGCAAGACCGAGAAUGACUAUUACUUCGGGUCAUUGACCGUCGUCUGUGACGGAUACGCGUCCAAAUUCCGAAGGCCCUACAUCCACCACACUCCUCAGGUCAAGUCGAAGUUCUGGGGCUUGGAAUUGAUCGACUGCCCGUUGCCGACGCCUCACCACGGGAUUGUGGUUCUGGGCAAAGAUUCGCCGGUCCUUCUCUAUCAGAUUGGCACUCAUGAGACCCGUAUCUUGGUGGAUGUCCCCGAGGGUUUGCCGUCCACGUCGACGGCGAACGGUGGCAUUAAAGGCCAUCUUGGGAAAGUCGUUCUGCCCUCGUUACCACCCAUGGUGCAGCCCUCUUUCAAGGUUGCCCUGGAAAAGGGUGCGCUUCGCAGUAUGCCCAAUUCCUUCCUGCCACCGACCAUGAACAAAACUCGCGGGCUUGCCAUCCUCGGAGAUGCCUUGAACAUGCGCCAUCCUCUGACUGGAGGCGGCAUGUCCGUCGCGCUCAACGACGUGGUGCUGAUCUCGGAGCUUCUCUCCCCAGAGAACGUACCGGAACUGUCCGAUACAGCACUCGUCCUUGAGCAGUUUAGGAUAUUCCAUUGGCGCCGGAAGGCUUUGACAUCGAUCAUUAACAUCCUCGCCAUGGCCCUGUAUUCGUUGUUCGCCGCGAACGACUGGCAGCUCAAAUAUCUCCAGAAGGGCUGUUUCCGCUACUUCCAACUGGGCGGGAAGCGCAUUGAGGAACCCGUGGGCUUGUUAGGCGCUCUCAUUCGGCGGCCAUUUGUUCUGCUUUAUCACUUCUUCAGCGUGGCGUUGUGGAGUAUCUGGAUCCUAAUCCAGGAGAACGGUCUCCUGCUAUUACCUCUCAGCCUCAUUCAAGGCUUGUUGGUUUUUUGGAAGGCAUGCGUCGUGAUCUUCCCAUACAUAUUUGCUGAACUGAGGAGUUGA